CGUCCCGCCAUGCACCGCUAACUGGCGUCCUUUGACCCGGUGUGUUCUGCUAAACAUCCGGGCUACAUGUGCGGUAUGGUGGGGAAGAUGGCGGCAUUGGUCCUCCCUACUGACUGGAUCAAAAACUGGGAAAAAUCGGGAAAAAGCGAGUUUCUACAGCUAUGUCGGAAUCUGUCAGAUAGACCUGAUGAUGUGUCACAGAAAGAGCUCCAGGCUGCCCUCUAUGACCUCUCCUCGCACGUCAUCCGGGGAACCCUGAAGCUGGAACUGGCCGCUAGUGGCCUGGCUGACGUCAUGGAGUUGCGAGAAGAUAUGUCAUCCAUUUUAGCAGAUGUCUUCUGUGUAUUAGAUAUUGAAACUGGCUGCUUGGAAGAAAAAUCCAAACGUGACCAUUUUACUCAGUUGGUGGGAGCCUGCUUGUUCUUCGUGUCAGACGCUGUCCUGAAGGAGCGACUGGAUCCGGAGACACUGGAGACCCUGGGCCUCAUCAAGCAGGCCCAGCAGUUCAACCAGAAGAUCGUCAAGAUCAAGACCAAGCUGUUCUACAAGCAGCAGAAGUUCAACCUGUUACGGGAGGAGAAUGAGGGCUAUGCUAAGCUGAUCACUGAGCUGGGCCAGGACCUUUCAGGCAGCAUCACCAGCCACCUUAUGCUGGAGAGCAUCAAGUCGCUCAUAGGUUGCUUCAACCUGGACCCCAACCGCGUGCUGGACAUCAUCCUGCAGGUGUACGAGUGCCGCUCCGACCAGGACGAGUUCUUCCUGCCUCUCAUUAAGUCCUACAUGUGCGAGCCGCAGACUCUCUGCCACAUCCUGGGCUUCAAGUUCAAGUUUCACCAGGAGCCUAAUGGGGAGACACCAUCGUCGCUGUACCACGUCGCCGCGGCUCUCCUUCAGCACAACCUCAUCCAGCUGGACGACCUCUACGUGCACCUGCUCCCCUCGGACGCCAGCAUCGUGGAGGAGCACAAGCGCCAGAUCCUGGAGGCCAAGCAGAUCGCCCGCAAGCUCAACAUGGUCGUGGUGCCGUCGGAGAAGACCGAGGACAAGGAGAAAGAGAGGGAGAAAGAGGAGGAGAAGAGCGAGAAGCCUCCUGACAACCAGAAGCUGGGUCUGCUAGAGGCCCUGCUGCGCAUCGGCGACUGGCAGCACGCGCAGAGUAUCAUGGAGCAGAUGCCUGCCUUCUAUGCCACCUCACACAAGGCCAUCGCUCUGGCUCUCUGCCAGCUGCUGCACCUCACCGUAGAACCUUUGUACCGCAGAGCGGGAGUUCCCAAGGGAGCCAAGGGCAGCCAGCUGCGCCCCCUGCAGGGCGAGCGGGUGCCGCGGCCCGCCGAGACCUUCGAGGACCUGCGGAGGGAGGUGUUCAGCAUGCUGGGCUACCUGGGCCCUCACAUGUCGCACGACCCCAUCCUCUUUGCCAAGGUAGUGCGGCUGGGCAAGGCCUUCAUGAAGGAGCACCAGAACGAGAGCAGGCCGGACCACAAGGAGAAAACGGACACCUUGCUGAGCUGUUUCCUCAGCAUCGCUGACCAGGUGCUGCUCCCUUCGCUUACCCUGAUGGAGUGUAACGCCUGCAUGUCUGAGGAGCUCUGGGGCCUCUUCAAGCUCUUCCCUUACCAGCACAGGUAUCGACUGUACGGGCAGUGGAAGAACGAGACCUACAGCAGCCACCCGCUGCUGGUCAAAGUGAAAGCCCAGACUGUGGACAGAGCCAAGUACAUCAUGAAGCGGCUGACCAAGGAGAACGUGAAGCCCUCCGGACGGCAGAUCGGCAAGCUGAGCCACAGCAACCCCACCAUCCUGUUUGACUACAUUCUGUCACAAAUUCAGUGGUACGACAACCUCAUCACCCCGGUGGUGGACUCGCUGAAAUACCUCACUUCGCUCAACUACGAUGUGCUGGCGUACUGCAUCAUCGAGGCGCUGGCCAACCCCGAGAAGGAGAAGAUGAAGCACGAUGACACCACCAUCUCGUCCUGGCUGCAGAGUCUCGCCAGCCUCUGUGGAGCCGUUUUCAGGAAGUACCCCAUCGAACUGGCCGGCCUCCUGCAGUACAUCACCAAUCAGCUGAAGGCGGGCAAGAGUUUUGAUCUGUUGAUCCUGAAGGAGGUGGUCCAGAAGAUGGCAGGGAUUGAGAUCACCGAUGAGAUGACUGUGGAGCAGCUGGAGGCGAUGACUGGGGGGGAGCAGCUGAAAGCGGAGGGUGGCUACUUUGGCCAGAUCAGAAACACCAAGAAGUCCUCCCAGAGACUGAAGGAGGCGCUGCUGGACCAUGAACUGGCGCUGCCGCUUUGCCUGCUGAUGGCUCAGCAGAGGAACGGAGUCAUCUUCUCAGAAGGGGGCGAGAAGCACCUCAAGCUGGUGGGGAAGCUCUAUGACCAGUGCCAUGACACGUUGGUCCAGUUUGGUGGCUUCCUGGCCUCCAACCUGAGCACAGAGGAUUACAUCAAGCGCGUGCCGCCCGUGGAUGUCCUGUGUAACCAGUUCCACACGCCCCAUGACGCCGCUUUCUUCCUGUCCAGGCCCAUGUACGCCCACCAGAUACUGUCCAAGUACGACGAGCUGAAGAAGGCAGAAAAAGGCAAUCGGCAGCAGCAGAAAGUGCACAAGUACAUCACUGCCUGCGAGCAGGUGAUGGCGCCGGUGCACGAGGCUGUGGUAUCGCUGCACCUGCCCAAGGUGUGGGACGAUCUGAGGCCCCAGUUCUACGCCACCUUCUGGUCGCUCACCAUGUAUGACCUAGCCGUGCCCCAUAACGCCUACGACCGGGAGGUCAACAAGCUCAAGGUGCAGAUGAAAGCCAUUGACGAGAACCCUGAAAUGCCCAUGAACAAGAAGAAGAAGGAGAAGGAGCGCUGCACGGCGCUGCAGGACAAGCUUCUGGAGGAAGAGAAGAAGCAGCUGGAACAUGUGCAGAGGGUCCUUCAUCGCCUCAAGCUGGAGAAAGACAACUGGCUGCUGGCCAAGUCUACCAAGAACGAGACAAUCACCAAGUUCCUACAGCUGUGUGUCUUCCCUCGCUGCAUAUUCUCAGCCAUGGACGCGGUCUACUGCGCUCGCUUUGUGGAGCUGGUGCACCAGCAGAAGACCCCUAACUUCUGCACUCUGCUCUGCUAUGAUCGAGUGUUCUCCGACAUCAUCUACACGGUGGCCAGCUGCACGGAGAACGAGGCACGUCGCUACGGCCGCUUCCUGUGCUGCAUGCUGGAGACGGUGACCCGAUGGCACAGCGACCGCGCCAUCUACGAAAAGGAGUGCGGCAAUUACCCAGGGUUCCUCACCAUUUUCCGAGCCACCGGCUUCGACGGUGGGAACAAGGCUGACCAGCUGGACUACGAGAACUUCAGACACGUCGUUCACAAAUGGCAUUACAAAUUAACGAAAGCGUCCGUGCACUGCCUGGAGACGGGCGAGUACACCCACAUCCGCAACAUCCUCAUCGUGCUCACCAAGAUCCUGCCCUGCUACCCCAAAGUGCUGAACCUGGGCCAGGCGCUCGAGUGCCGAGUCCAUAAGAUCUGCCAGGAGGAGAAGGAGAAGAGGCCUGACCUCUAUGCGUUGGCCAUGGGCUAUUCUGGCCAGUUGAAAGGCAGGAAAGCGCACAUGGUCCCCGAGAACGAAUUCCACCACAAGGAGCAGCCGGUGCGCAGUGCCACCCCGGCCAACCUACAGAAUGGCCCAGGCAAUGCCGGGAAGCCCACCGCCAGUACCGCUAGCGCUGGCAAACCAGAGGAGGGCACCGCAGAGGAUGCUGACAAACCCAAGGACAAAGCUCAGGGGGCUCUAAAACCGGCCAACAAAGCCAACAGCACGACAAGCAAACUCCCCACCAGCAAUGGCAAUGGCGCCCCCAACAGCACCAAGGCUGUGAAGGAGAAGGAAGACAAAGAAAAAAGUGGGAAGGAGAAAAAGGAAAAGAAGGAGAAGACACCAGGCAGCACUCCAGAGGCCAAAGCGACAGGCAGGGAGAAGCAGAAGGAGGAGAGGUCCGCCAAGGAGGAGAAGGCACGCGACAGCAAGGAGAAGACGCCCAAGGCGGACAAGGACAAGCUGAAGAAGGAAGAGAAGAUGGAUAAGACCAAGGGUGGCGGUAACCCCGACUUCAAAGCCUCUGACAAGGAGCCCUCCAAGGAGCGGGAUGUGGCUAAGAUGAACAGCAAGGGAGAGAAGGCUGCUCUAGCUGGGGCCUUGAAGUCUCCUGUUCCCCGGUCGGAGUCCGCUGAGACUGAGCGGGAACAAAAGAGACGAAAGCUUGAUACCCACGCCUCACCGUCACACUCCUCCACUGUUAAGGACGGUCUCAACGAACUCAAGGAUUCUGCCUCAAAGCAGCACUACGCCAACCACAGCACAGCUACUCAGUCCAAAAGCAAAGAGAGGGAGGUGGAUAAGAAAGAACCUGAGAAACCCAGAGAUCGGUCCAAAGAAAGGGAGAGGAAGGAGGAUAAAGACAGGAAGGACAGGAAGCGAGAUUAUUCAAACAGUGACCGUGAGCUGAGUCAGGAAGUAAAACGCCGGAAAGAUGAGAACGGAACCGGCUCCUCCAAGCACAGCAGGAGCACCAGCCCCUCCACCUCCCCACGCGCCAAUGUCACCGACAAGGAGAGGAGCAAGAGCUCCAAGUCCUCCACCAAGGAAAAGAGUGACCUGGCCAAGGCUGAGAAGAACUCCUCUGGUGGCAAAAAGGAGUCCAGGCACGACAAGGAGAAAUCUGAUAAGAAGGAGAAGCGCGAUAGCACCGGGGCGAAAGAUGACAAAAAACAUCAUAAAUCGUCAGAGAAGCACAGAUAAUGUACAGUGGUCCUGCCAAAGAAUUCCUUGCUGCGGGCUGCUACAGUCUGGAGAGCCACUUUUACUCAACAUUUGCAACGUGUCUGCUUCUUGUUUCACUUCCUAUCCUGUCAAUCUGUCUGAAAAGAACCAUCCACUUCGACAAUUGCUCCCUCCAUUGAUAUUUUUUGUACUGCCUAAAAAGGGUCUAGUUCUAGUAUUUUAACUUGCUAUCCUGUAUCUUACACUGUAUUUUCAGUAAACAGCUGAAAGUCUUUUCUUUGAAUAUUAGCACAAUGUGCUGCUCACAUAACAAAAUUUGAGUACAAACAAGUAUUGAAUACUCUAACUUGCUGUCCUCAAACCUGCCUGCUUUUGUAUAAUUUCUCAAUUGACUUUUUUUUUUUUAAUAGCAAUCAACAAUACAUUUCCCAUCUCUGCAUUUACCUCAUUUAGAUUCCGAUUUUUAUUUAUUUUUUUUUCCUCCUUUUAAUCCAUGUAUGUGGUAUUUAGGCAUAGUGUUUGGAACAAUACAAUUGGUCUAUUUGUAUAUUAUGUAUACAAUAAUAAAAUGGUUACAUGUAAUUAAAAUUUGUUACUUUUAUUUCAAAUGUCCCUAGCUUAAUCGGUUGUGUGCGUGCGUGUGUGCAUUUAUCAUGUUUUUAAAUGAUUUGUAUAAAUGAAUAAAGUUGCAUUUCUUCACUAAGCAAUUAAAUAGAUUGUAAAACUUCAAAAGCUUUGUACUGCAUAGUCAAACUUUCAGAACUACUUUUUGGAGUUUUUAUCUGCUGUAUUCUUCCAGUGUAUGCUUUUUUUUCUAAAUAAAUGAUAGUUUUCCUAGUGGGUCAUAAAAA